CGGAGCCCGGACCCUUCUGCGUCCCCCACCCGGAGAGGCCUCCAACUUCUCCCAUUGGCAGCAGGGCAGGGCAGCUCCGCCCUCCGCCUCUUUUUUACAACUCAUGUGCCGCUUCCCUCCUCACUCUGCCGGGCGAGGCGCGCUCGGGACACCCGGCGCGACCGCCGCCUGCCUUUUGUUUGCCGCCGCCCGAGCGGGCCGCCUGCCUCCUCGCGCAGCCCCGGCCUCCGGUCCCUCCUCCCGGCCGGCUUCCCGCCCUGCCCCGCAUGGAGCUGGGCUGGGCGUGCAGCCUCUCGGUGUGGCUGCUCUUCCUGGGCAGCCUGGCGCUGCGGCUCCUGCGCGCGGACCUGCUGCUCAGCCGGCUGCUGCUGCUGCGGGUCGGGCUGCUGGCCGUUCUGCAGGCGCUGGGCCAGGCCGUCCUGCCGCUGCCGCUCAGCGCCGCCCUCACGGGGGCUGCCUGCUGGCUCGUCUCGGCCAGCACCGCCCGGCGGAAGCGGAUCCCCGUCGGAGGCAAAGCGGUGGUGGUGACAGGAUGCGAUUCCGGCUUUGGAAAGGCAGCUGCCCAGCAUUUGGACAGGCUGGGGCUCACCGUCUAUGCCAGUGUGCUGGACCUGAAGAGCUCCGGGGCAGAAGAGCUUCGGCAGACGUGCUCCCCACGGCUGACCCUCCUGGAAAUGGACCUUACUAAAGCAGAGGACAUUCAGCGAGCCCUGCAGUUCAUCAAGGCACAGACCAGAAGGACAGGUCUCUGGGGCCUUGUGAACAAUGCUGGGUUCAACGAGACCAUUGCCAACGUGGAGCUGACGCCAGUGCCCCAUUUCCGCACCUGCAUGGAGGUGAACUUCUUUGGGCCCUUGGAGCUGACCAAAGGGCUGCUGCCCCUGCUCCGCUCAUCCCGUGGCAGGAUCGUCACAGUCAGCAGCCCGGCUGGCAAUAUGCCCUACCCCUGCUUGGCCAGCUACGGGACCUCCAAAGCGGCGCUCAGCCUUCUGAUGGACACCUUCCACUGUGAACUUGCGCCCUGGGGGAUCAGAGUGAGCGUGAUUUUUCCAGGGUACUUCAAAACAGGUGGCAGCUGUAAUCCCGAGUACUGGAAGGAGAGGAAGGACCAGCUCCUUGCAGCUUUACCCGAUGACCUUCUGGAAGCCUACGGAGAGGAGUAUCUUGAGGAGAUCAACAGGCAGUUUGUGGACUUCAUGAAGAUGGCUGUGGAGGACCUCAGCUCGGUGGUGGACAGCAUCACUGACGGCCUUCUUUCCACUAAGCCUCUGCUGAAAUAUUACCCAGGGAGAGGCUUGUGGCUCAUGUACUUCAUCCACCAUUAUCUCCCUCACACAGUCCGGGACCUUUUCCUAAAAACCUUUUUUAUCAAUCCAAAACCGCCACAGGGAUUGUGUCCCAAGGCCUGCCACACACAGAAGCUGUUGUGAGAGCUGCUCAGGAUCUUUUGCACCAUCGCCAGAGAAUCUCUGGAGAAUGCUUCCUUUUUAUUCCACCUGUGUCCAGCUAACUAGAAGAGGCAUUUGUUCCUGUAGAAACAGGGCAGGGCAAUUCUCUCAGUCCUGGGUUGCCUCUCACAAUGACUUUCCUUGGGGGGAUGGGAAGCACGGAUGCCCUGGUCCUCUACACAAGGCCCGAGACACCUGGGUGGGGAUAGAAGCAGCAUCCUUUCUAAAUGAAACCUACCUGGACUUUCUCUCUCCCCCCAUCCCGUCCCCCAAAAUGUGCCAAAGGAGAGGUCAGAAGCUGCUGCUAGCCAAAACAAAGAGCUUCUGGGCAUCUCUAGUCAAUCAUAUACCUCCUCAAAAGUUGCCUCAAGGAAACUAAGCUACCUUCUCUUGCCACGUGAUGUGGCAAGGCCUCAAAGUCACAGCCUUCGGCUUCUUGAUGAGCCAACCUCCUCUGUGGCUUGGGCCAGUUCUCCUCUUCCACUGCAGCCCCCAUCAUUGUGCAGAGACACAUCAAGGGGACCUCACCAGUGAGCCAAUGGUCUGCCAUGUUUUUUUCAAAAGGAGCACAACUGUAUUGUUACUUAGUUAAAUAAAAAAUAUUUCAUUAUUGGAUUAGAGGUUAUGUUUUACUGGGAACCAUCCAGAUACUGUUGGGUUCAGGCCAGUGGUUCAUGGCUGCAAACCCACCCCCUAAAAAGCCAGAGAAACGGUGCCCCACCCCCACCCCCAUUAGCUGGCUCCUCAGAACAAGGCUUUUUCAUCAUCUGGAGGCUUCAAGGAAGCGCCUGAAGCCUCGGGGGGGGGGGCUGUUUUCGCCCUCCCCAGGCUCCUAGAAAGCCACUGGAGGGCCAAAAAAGGGAAUCAAACAGGACCAGUGCCCAAUCUGGGGGGAGGUCGCCCUGGACUCCUGCUCAGAGCAAGUGGCACUCAUGGUUAGGAAGGCCUUUGCACAUCUUUGGGUGGUGCACCAGUUCCAUCCAUACUUGUACUGGAAGACUCUACUCAGAGGAACUCAUGCCCUUGUACCCUCCAGGUUAGACUACUGUUAUACACUCUACCAGGGGCUCCCCUUGAAGACCAUUAGGAAACUUCAAUGGGUGUACAAUGCAGCCGUGUGGGUAUGUAACUGGUGCCACCCAUACGGGACCUAACACCACUUCCUGCGUGAGCUGCAUCGGCCACCAGUGUUUCUAGGUGCAAUUCAAAGGGCUGCUGGUUACCCACAAAGCCCUGCCUGGCUAGGGACUGGGGUACCUGAGAGAUCGCCUUUUCCCCAGUCUCUGCCCAUCCCAGGUCAUGCUGCAGAUCCCAUGCGCCGAAGGGCGUCUGCAGUGGCUCCUGCUCUGUGGGACAUCCCCCUUUCGAGAGCGGAAGGGCCCCAGCCCUCUUAGCCUUUCGCCAAGCUCUAAUGGCCUGGCUCUGCUCCUGAGCCUGGGAUGCUACGUGAUUCCCAGCUGCAUUCUUCACAGGCUAAGGAUCUGGCUCUUGCGUCUCUCGAGUUGGAGGUUUUAAUGCUUUUUUACUGGUUUUAUUGUUUUAAAGAUUUUUUAAAAAAUUUUGUAACUGUAAUACUGUGCAAACGUUUUAGGCAGGUGUGAAAAAAUGCUGUAAACAAAGAACACUUUCAGAAAUAUAAAUAAUGAUUGUUUAUUUCUGUCGAUUUUCAAAAUGCAAAGUGAGCGAACAAAAGAAAAAUCUAAAUCAAAUGAAUAUUUGGUGUGACCCACCCUUUGCCUUCACAACAGCAGCAAUUCUUCUAGGUCCACUUGCAGAGUUUUUGAAGGGAUUCAGCUGGCAGGUUGUUCCAAACAUCUUGGGAGAACCAACCACAGAUCUUCUGUGGAUGUAGGCUCACAUCCUUCUGUCUCUUCAUGUAAUCCCAGACACACUCAAUGAAGUUGAGAUCAUUGAGAUCAUGGCUCUGUGGGGGCCAUGCUGUCACUUCCAGUACUACUACUACUUCUUUACGCUGAAGAUAGUUCUUAAUGACCUUGGCCAUCAUAUGUUUGGGGUUGUUGUCCUGCUGCAGAAUAAAUUUGGGGCCAAUCAUACGUCUCCCUGAUGAUAUUGCAUGAUGGAUAAGUAUCUGCCUGUAUUUCUCAGCUGAUGGCACUGCUGGACAUCUUCCGAUUUCGAAGGGCAAUAAGCUUGAUGUGUCUUUCAUCUGCUGCACUAAGUUUCCUUGGCCAACCACUGCGUCUACGAUCUUCAAUGUUGCCCAUUUCUUUGCACUUCUUCAAAAGAGCUUGAACAGCACAUCUUGAAGCCCCCUUUGAAAUCUUUGCUUGGGAGAGACCUUGUUGAUGCAGUAUAACUACCUUGUGUCUUGUUGCUGUGCUCAAUCUUGCCAUGACAUGAAACUGUCUUUCACAACCUCACCUUGGUAGCAGAGUUUGGCUGUUCCUACACAGCUGUUUCUGUUUCAGUUCAUGAUUGGGUAUCAACCUAUGUGUGACAUUGAUGAUCAUUAGCACCUGUUUGGCAUAAUUGGUUGAUCAUACCAUACACCUGACUAUAAUACUACAAAAUCCCUGACUUUGUGCAAGUGUACCUAUGAGAAUUGCUGCUGUUUUGAAGGCAAAGGGUGGGUCACACCAAAUAUUGAUUUGAUUUAGAUUUUUCUUUUGUUCAUUCACUUUGCAUUUUGAAAAUUGACAGAAAUAAACAAUCAUUUAUAUUUCUGAAAGCAUUCUUCGUUUACACCAUUUUUUCAUACCUGCCUAAAACUUUUGCACAGUACCAUAUUUUAACUGUAAGCCACUCAGAGUCACUGAUUGAAAUGGGGGGGGGAAGGGGGAGAAAUUAAACCAACAGCAAAUUUAGUAAAUGGAGUAAGCGUUGAAACCGCCCACUUGCAAGAAUUGGGUGGAAGCCCUGCAGUGACCCUGGGAUCCUUUGUUCACUGUUUAGGGGGAAGCCGCUUGCGAUCAGCCCAAACUCCCAAGACCAUCUCUGCCGUCCAGUGCAAGAGGCCAGAAGACAGAAACAGCCAUUCAGUGGUUCAUUACCAUGGUUUAAGCGGAAGAUACACAAACACUGGAAGCAGCAAAAUCACUGAGCACACACGGAGGCUGACUGGACUGACUUAUCCCACCCACAAAAGCCAGGGAAGGGCAGCAUUUGGCCGGGGCUCACAGGGGACCCACUGGGGAUGCGAGCCAGGCCUUUGGAAGCCGGGUGGGGCAGACUACGCCCAUUUUCUGAAGAGUGGGGCAAAGGGAUGGACAUCUAUCUUUUUUUGUAGGAGGCCAGGCAACAAAGACCCGCCCCCCAAUUCCCCAGGGGCCAAAUUGCCUGGUCUCAAGGGAGAAAAAAGGGGGUUUCAACAAGAGUUUUGGGUCUGUUAGGAGGAAGGGCAGCUUUUUUGAUUAUCUCUGGUGGGAGAAAAGAUGCCUUGGAGGUCAAAAGCACCAGCCUCACCUGGCUCAGGUAAAUGGGCUGAUGCAGGUGCCCAAAACAAGGAGUGAGAAGAGCU